AUGGCUAGAAGCCCUCCAGCUCUGGCAGGCAAGAGUCAUUAUCUACCUAAUGGACACCGUGUGAAUAAGGGGGACCUACGGCCAUAUCAUGCCACGAACACGAAUGGGUACGAUCUCAAUGGCAAAAAUCAGAAUGAUCCUCCUCCUCCAUUUCCCUCAAUAGACGAACCCUACCUUGGCUCCAAUCCUCCACAAGACUACUACCCCGACAUUCCUUUCCUUGAAGACGAGUACGAUUCCCAUCCUGACAGAUACAACGACGCGUUCCGAAAUGACAAACCAUAUGAUAUUCCCAUUGGCUCACCUCCCACGUCACAUUUUGGUUCUCCUCCAAGUGAUAUACGCUCACCUCGACACAAAUGGCCUUCUGCCCUUGACGCUCCGUUACCUCCAUCCUAUACUGGUAGCGUACCCAACUAUGCUACCAUAGGUCAUGUAAGUGGUUCUGUCCCUGAUAAGUUCGGCCUAGCAAGCCCUGCGAAUUCAACCAUUUCACAAAACGUGGCUGGUCCUGGAGUAAAAGAGAGUCUUAUUCAGCCACCCACACAAAACCCAAAGACAACGCCUCUUGGAGCUUCACCAGCCCAUGCCGAGACCAGUAUUGGUGGACGAAUCUUGUACUCGGAGAAAUAUCGCCAGAAGUCAAGACCACCAAUGUCUUCAAGCUUGCCUGUACGCGACUUCGACACCAGACUUGGCCUCGAUUCAGACCUACCACUCUUGCCCAGUGAUUUACAUGAUGAACUAUUGACUACAGGCGACAAGAUGCGAGGAUUCUCACGACCCGAGCAAGAGACUAGUGGCAGCUUUAAGGAAGGCUCCGAUAGCUUGGCUAUUCCGAGGAGAUCAUCGAACGUGGUUGGUUCACCGCCUGCCGCUAGCAGUCCCUCACGAUUCCAUCACAUAUUUAAGGAACAGAAAGAGAAGAGCUCAAACAUCGGCGUUGUUGGCUCCCCACUGCGAGAGUCCUGGUUACUUGGCGGAGAUUCCACUGUUUCGUCCAGACCUGGCAUGCAGAUGUCGGGAAUCUCCCAAGCUCUUGGUCAAAUGAACCUAGACAGAACAGAGACUGGCGAUUCCACUGGAUUGAGACCCAACAAUAUACGGGGUGGGUAUGCUCGACAGAUCUCGAGUCCGGGCCUGACUUCGACACGAAUUGACGAGGAAGGCGAUCCAGCUACUUUCUUCCCUAUGGACGAUGAGAGCACGCGUAGAGGAGCUGUGGCCUGGAACGACAGUCAGAACUCGACCUCGAGGAAGACUACGGGAGAGGUCAGUAUGCCACGUGGUAUGCCAAUCAAGAAUGGUGUCAAGCCUAUCUUUGGCUUUCACGGCUAG